ACCAAAAACAGAUUCAAGAAAAAGUUUUCCGUCUGCACAAAAAAAAAAAUUCUCUCUCGUCUUUAGGGAGGGAAAAGAAAGUCAAUAUUUUUACUAAAUCCCUGUAAAUUCGCCAAAAAGACUCAAACAUCCAUAAUUCGUUGUCUUCCCGUAAUGGAUUUUAGUCAGCCUCCAGUUGAAAAUUAUGCCAACCCCAAGACUUGUUUCUUUCAUGUUCUCUUCAAGGCUGCAGCAUUGGCUUUUUACAUCCUUUCAGCUCUCUUUUUCAACAGCUUUGUGAUCAUAUUUGUGGUGACUGUUCUUCUUUCCGCCCUUGAUUUUUGGGUGGUUAAGAAUGUUAGUGGGCGUAUAUUAGUCGGUUUGAGGUGGUGGAACGAAAUUAACGAUCUCGGCGAGAGUGUAUGGAGAUUUGAAUGUCUCGACCAAGAGUCGUUGGCUAGGAUGAACAAGAAAGAUUCAUGGCUAUUUUGGUGGACCCUUUACCUUUCAGCGGUGGCAUGGAUUGUGCUUGGAAUAUUCUCUCUCAUAAGGUUUCAAGCUGAUUAUCUCCUCGUCAUUGGAGUUUGUUUGACUCUCAACAUUGCCAAUAUCGUCGGCUUCACCAAAUGUCGCAAAGAUGCCAAGAAGCAGAUUCAACAGUUUGCCACCCAGACCAUUGCCUCAAGAUUUUCUUCCACCUUACAAUCAGCAUUUAGUGUUGUUUGAAAUAGUCGAUAGUAAUAUACGAGAACAAAAACGGAAGAAAAUGCAGUAGUAGACGAGAGAAGUUAACAAGUGUGGCAUGUAAAAAAAAAUGAGGCGUAUCGAAUUGCCGAUUUUCGAUUGUUUUUUUCUUUAUGGUACAUCUAAUGCUUUUGUAUAAUGAAUCACACAGUAAAACUUUGUGAUAACAAUGGUCUUUCUGCAAAGGUUACAUUCCUACAA